AGGUUAAGGUGGAUGCCUCAAUAUAAAUUCAAUGCUCUCUGUAAUAACUUCCACGACUUCAAUCAACUACAACCACUCUAAUAACCUCCUCUUAUUCUUUAUUCCCACACAAAUCUCAAACGGGAAGCUUCUCUUCUUUUUCUGUCCCAGAUGGCGAUUACCUCAUGGUGUUAUCUUCUCCUGCUUGUCUUCUCUUUAGGCAGCCUAGCCAAUGCUACUUUUUUCACUCUCCAAAAUCUUUGCAGCUACACGAUAUGGCCUGGAACUCUCUCUGGAAACGGUGCUGCGACUCUCGGCGACGGUGGUUUUGUAUUGUCACCUGGUUCAUCAAUCCAGCUCCAGGCUCCACCCAGUUGGUCCGGCAGGUUCUGGGCUCGAACUGGUUGCAAAUUUGAUGAUUCAGGGGCUGGGAAGUGCGUCACCGGUGACUGUGGCGGCAUAUUAAAGUGCACAGGAGGUGGAGCUCCGCCAGUGACCCUCGCGGAGUUCACUAUUGCCUCGAAUCAUAAUGACAAGGAUUUCUACGACGUUAGCCUGGUAGACGGAUACAACAUUGGCUUAGGUGUGAAGGCACUGGGUGGGUCCGGUGAUUGCCAAUACGCAGGUUGUCAGGAGGAUCUUAAUGGGAACUGCCCAGCAGAAUUACAGGUGGUUGAUUCUGGUUCGGUUGUUGCCUGCAAGAGUGCUUGUGAAGCGUUUAAUGCACCGCAGUUUUGUUGCACCGGCGACCAUUCGACACCGCAGUCUUGCUCACCGACCCAGUACUCGGCGUUGUUCAAGAAUGCAUGCCCGACGGCCUACAGUUAUGCUUAUGAUGAUGCAACAAGCACUUGCACUUGCUCCGGGUCGGAUUACUUGAUCACAUUUUGUUCCAAGGGGUCUGGAUAGUCUCAUCUGACGCUCCAUGGUUUGGUUUGUUGUUGCCUUGUUGGGUAAUUGUGAAUGAUAGUUUCAUUUGAUUUACAGAGUAGUUAAACCAUACGCGGAAUUAUUAAGGGUGUAUGUUAUUAAUGACAAGUUAAUUAAUGGAUUAUGCUUUAUUUAACUUGAAAAUUCCUGCCUAAUCCAUUGUGAACUCAGUGUACAGACAUGUCUUGGUGGACGAGUAUAGGCAAGAAAAUCCGUUUGGGAGAUUAAUUUAUAUGGUUGGUUGGUUUGGUAGAGGGUAUUUUCCAAAGAGAAUAAAUUUAAGAUGAAGGGAAUUUCUUCAGUUUUUGUUA